CUUUGAGAAGCGAAGAUUUUCUAGAAAAAAACAAUGGAUUUGCGUAGGAUGUUCUUGGAAUUAGUGAUAUGUGUUGCAGUGAUAUUGUCGGCAAUGGGUGCUGCAGCUGUAGCAUUUCCAAUAGCCAAGAGCCCUCACUGCCAGGAUCGGUGUGGAGAUGUUCCAGUUCCAUAUCCAUUUGGUACAACUAAAAAUUGCUCCCUAGAUGAUGAUUUUCUCAUGAGAUGUGAUUCGUCUGGCCAUCCUCCUGUACUAAUAGCCGGUAAAAAUUUGAAUGUCACAAACAUUUCGAUGAACGGCGAGCUUGACAUCUUGAUGUAUAUAGCCAAACAGUGCUACAUGAAGAAUGGUACGGCACUUAAGCCUAACAGACCCAGGAUCAACUACCCGGCUUUCACAAUUUCCAACACCAAAAACAAGUUCUUCACCAUUGGCUGCGACAGUUAUGCUUAUCUCAAUGCUUUCCGAAACAAUGAAAGCUUCUCCAUAGGCUGCAUGUCUAUAUGCAAAAGUCUUACAAAUGUCGAAAAUGGAUCUUGCACUGGGAUUGGGUGUUGCCAGGUUGACAUCCCAAAGGGAUUGAAGAACUUUACUUUGGAAGCUCGUAGCUAUUACAAUCACACAUAUGUCUCUGAAUUCAAUCCAUGCAGCUUUGCUUUUGUGGCUAAAGAGGAUGACAUGUUCAAUUUCUCCUCUAGUUAUCUUAAAAGCCUGCAAGGGAAUGAGAGCUAUCCAAUGGUUUUUGAAUGGGCAAUCGGUAAUGAAACAUGUGAAACUGCUCCGAACAAGCCAGAAUACGUAUGUGGGGGUAACACCUUAUGUGAUGUUCCCCCAGAAGGGGUCGAUGGGUAUCGUUGCAAGUGCAAAGAAGGUUAUAAAGGAAACCCAUACCUCUCUGAUGGUUGCCAAGAUAUUAAUGAGUGCGAAGCAGAUCCGAAACCCUGCGAUAUUAUUACAUCAAGAUGCAACAACACUGACGGGGGUUUUACAUGUCCGUGCCUUGACGGAUACGAAGUCGAUAUAAACGAAUCAACAAGUUGCAGACUUAAAGCGCGGACCAACCGAUCAAAGAUUAAUAUCAUUAUUCCACUCGCUAUCAGCAUUGGCCUCAUUGUAUUGUUUGUGGGAGGUUCUUCACUAUAUUGUGGGCUAAAAAGAAGAAAACUAUUCAAGCUGAAAGAGAAAUUCUUUCAACAAAAUGGUGGCUUGUUUCUACAACAAAAACUCUCGAAUGAUAGAACUUCCAUGGAGACAGUCAAAAUCUUUAGAGCAAAAGAACUUGAAAAAGCUACAAACAAUUAUGAUGAGAGUAGAGUCCUUGGCCAAGGAAGCUAUGGAACUGUCUAUAGAGGAGUCUUACCAGAUAAUAAGCUGGUCGCCAUUAAGAAAUCAAAAUUUUGUGAUCAAAGCCAAAUUGAACAAUUUAUUAAUGAGGUGAUUGUGCUUACCCAAAUUAACCAUAGAAAUGUGGUUAAGCUAUUAGGUUGUUGUCUAGAAACAGAAGUGCCAUUACUAGUUUAUGAAUUCAUCACAAAUGGGACUCUUUCGAAACACAUUCAUGAUAAAGUCCUAUCAUCCUCACUCUCAUGGGAAAAACGUUUGAAGAUAGCAACAGAUACUGCAGGAGCACUUGCAUACAUGCAUUUCUCAACUUCCAUACCAAUUAUACAUAGGGAUGUGAAACCUGCCAAUAUACUUUUAGAUGAUAAUUAUUCAGCAAAGGUUUCCGACUUUGGAACUUCAAGAUUGGUCCCACUUGAUCAAACACAGUUAACUACUUUAGUACAGGGCACUUUGGGGUACUUAGACCCAGAAUACUUUCAUAGUAGUCAACUUACAGAAAAAAGUGAUGUCUACAGCUUUGGUGUUGUUGUGGCUGAGUUAUUGACUGGUAAGAAAGCACUUUCUUUUGAUGGACCUGAAAUUGAUAGAAAUCUAGCUAUGUACUUUAGUUCUGCGGUAAAAGGGGAUCGCUUACAUCAAAUUCUUGAGGUCCAUCUUGUAAGUGAUGGUAAUAUUUAUGAGAUAGAUGAAGUUGCCAAUCUUGUAAAACGGUGCUUAAGUGUUAGAGGGGAAGAUAGGCCUACAAUGAAGGAAGUGGCAAUGGAGCUAGACAGGUUGAGAAGUAUGGAAAAACAUCAAUUGGGAGAAGCAAAUCUCUAUACAGAAGAAACUGACUAUUGUGUCAAAACACCUGCAAUUCACUGUUUCAACAUUGGUGUCGAUGAUGGAUGUUCUUCUACCAGUACAACUGUUGGAUACGAGGUCAGUAUGAAAACCCAAGUCUCAAAACCAUUGGAUGAUGGCAGAUGAUCGUGAGUUAGUCCCAGUCAAUAUUAUACUUUCUUGUGUUAUAUCUCAAUCUUCAUGCUGCCUUCCUUUUCUUUUCUAUCACUAGGCUUCAAUAUUUCUAUUAGAUAUUGUUCCUUAGAAAUGUUUAAAAUGAUGUCGUGAUGUUAUCUUUCAUUUUAUUUUUUGUCAGAUAUUUGUAUAUAUAUAUAACCAUGUCCUUUAUGUUAUGUUAUUUGAUCACAU